GGCCCGCGUAAGGAAGCGGCGCUGCGGCCACACACGGCUGUGACCGAUUAAUGAAGGGAUUCGCCGGCGCGGCCGUUGCCGGGCGACGGGCGGGACCGCGGCGGGGCCGGGCCCGGGGCUCUCGGAGGGCAGGACGGCGGCCUCGGGCACUGCGAAGCGGCAGCGAGACGCCGCCGCCAUGUCGGGGGCAGGCGCGGCCGACCGGGUCGUGCAGAAUGAGCUGCAGGAAGCGAUUUCUGCUCAUGCCUCAAGUGAGCAAACAGAUGAAUACUCGGACGACUUUGAGAGUGAUGAAGAUGGCAUGUUAAAUGGUAUUGAUGAAGAACUUACUGAAGGUAAUUCAGGUGCUGCAAGCACUGGUAAAUCCGUUGUUGUUGAGAGUCCUCUCUUGAAUGAUGAUGCUUCACAAAAACUAGCAGAUUUGGAAAAUGAAGUUGCUGAUGACUUGACUUUAUCCUUUCAUGAAAGGAAACUUAAGAAAAUAAUGGUUUUAGAAGGUGAUAAUAUACCAGAUGACAGAAAAGAUGGUAAAGAAGAAUGUUUGGAAGGUCAAAAUGAGGGUAAUGACAGAAAAAAUAAUGAAGUGCUUUCAGCUGCUGAAGAAGUACCCUGUGAUAAUAGUGAAAGUGAUGACUUACCUAUUCAUGAACUACAUAAAAAAAGAAGUCAAGAGGAAAAGCAACCAACAGCAAAGCCACGGCUGCACAAACAAAGAAAUGCUUCAGCAUCAGAUCAAGAUCAGAAGACUGUCAACACCAGUGACUUGAAACUGGAGGACAACAAUAGAAAAUCUUCUGUGAUAGAACAAAUGAUGACCACAGUGUAUGAGAAGACAAGGGAAUUGGAGAACCCAACAGCUGACAGUUCAGAUGGAACAGUGAAAGUAGCAGAAGGGCAAAUAAUAACUGAUACAAUGCAGGAGAUAUCAAUGAAUGGUCAAUCUGAACAUAGGGAGGCAAAGAAUGCAUCAAAGAGCUCUGUCAAGAAGCCAAGUGAAACAAAGGAGAGAGUUCUGCAAGACUCAAAGGCUUCUUUAUCUGACAGGUAUCCAUCUUCUGUACACCUAAAGACAAAGGUGAAGGCUGUUCCAUCAGCUACACCUGUUUUAUCUCAAUGUCUGGGAACAUUAAACCUGUUGGAGAAUAAAUGCGUGGAGAAGAAAAGAACAGAAUUUGACAAAGCAGAUAAUUUAAGAGCAGCUGUUUUUCAGAAUUGGUUGGAAAAGAAAAAGCUCUUUCUAAUGGAAUUAAAGAGAACUGAAAAGGAGAAAGCUGCAAAUCUCAGAAACGAUACUGAAAAGAAAGAAGCGCUUAGAAGAGAGGAAUCAAUUGCAUGUUUUGAAGCCUGGAAAGAAAAGAAAGCAAGAGAAGCAAAAAAGUUAAGUGAAAAAAAGAAGCUUGAGGAAAAAACCCCAGCAGAACAGAAUAAAGAGAAAACAGAAGCAGCACAGGUGGCAUUCAAGAGAUGGAAAGAAAAAAAAGUGGAAUAUUUAAGAGAGCAAAGCAGAAAGGAAAAAGAAUCUGAAAGAAUCAGGAAGGAGAAAGAAGAGGAACUGAUUGCAGAGAAGAGGAGAAUCAGCAUAUCAGCAGUUGAAAAAUGGAAUGAAAAGAAGGAAGAAUAUAUAAAAAAGAAGAAAGUAGAAAAAUUCCUAGAGAGGAAAAAGCAAGAAAUGCAACAGGCAAAGAAGGAAGAAAAAAAUGAAAAGGCUAUGGAGGAAUAUGAAAGAUGGCUGGAAAACAAAGAGAGGAGAGAGGAGCUUGAGAAGAAGCAAAGGAAGUUGCAGUCUGUCCAUGGGAAUGAAAUGAGUCCUCCCUGGAGGCCACCUGGCAAAGUCACAUAUUCAGGGAAUUACUGAGAAGUUUAUUGCCUUGUGGAAGAAAACAUAGUCCACAAAGUUCUGACAAUGGCUAGUCGCUAUUUCAUUAACAGUUGAUUUUCACUGGAUCCAUUGUAGGUGUUACAUUCUUUCUUUUUAGUUUAUUUGAUCUCUACAGUUUAAAUAAAUCACUUGUCUCUUUCCA